AUGGCCCUCCAAGCUGCCAGGUUCUGCCCAGAAAAGAUCAUCCUCGACAAGUGUCAGGUCCUCGAGCAAAGCUUUCAGGAGCUGAGCAAAAUCGUGGACGUCGCGGAGCGCAUGAAGAACUGGUCGGAGAGUUCCGGAGAGCUGGAGGAAGCAAAGGAGGAUCUCUACCUCUACCCAGCUCCACGCACUCGACCCCCGGCUGUGCGCCCCGGGAUGAAGCAUUAUGGCGAGGCACCGGAUGGCGCCAGAUCUCCAUCGCCCUCGGCAGGAUCGCGGCGCAAGCUGCGUAUCGGGCCGUGGAAGCGAAAUGACGCAGUCACUAGGAGAAAGAAUGCGAGGCUCGCAUACCUGGAUCGCCGCUACAAGGGUGACAGA